AUGGGUCCUCUAAAGCUCUCACGUCCACCUCCGCUUACGACUGCACCCGAAACAUCGACAAUCACCAAUGGCGCGAAGAAACCAUUUCGAUUUUUGGAUCUCCCAAAGGAUAUACGCCUCAUGAUAUACGAGGAGCUGGGCAUGAAAACGUAUCGAGACAAGUUUCCUCUAUGGUAUGACCAACAUCAUGUGACGCUCGUCAAUACAGUCACCCCAGGUCUCUCGAUUCUCGCAACCAGCCGUCAGGUCAGAUCAGAAGCAUCUGCAGUCAUUCUACCACGUCUGGGAUUGAUAUUGCGCUCGCCGCCAGUCGUUGUCGUCCGAGCUGAGCACCUCAUCAGCCUAGUCGAACUACGUGACUGCUUCCGUACUUUCCCCGGUACCAAGUUCAUGGAGAAACUCAUGUUCUGCCUGCAUGAUCCGAGAGCAUUACCCAGAAUGAUACGUUAUCGAAGCGGAAAACUUUCGGCGAGGCAAUUGCGGAGAAGACUUCACUUGAUAUCGCUCAUCGCAGUGGACGACGAAGCAAGUCUGAAAGCGUUUGUGCGAUUCGCUCUCCGCGCCAUGAAAUAUAUAGAGAGAAACACCGCCGAGACCCGUUCUCUAUACCCGCCACUUACGCUCGUGGUCGAACUUCCAGAUACCUUUCAAGGAACUCCCGUCACAACUUCAACCUCCUUGGUGAAAUGUCUCUCGUAUAAACUCUUUUCCCCGUUGAUUCCCACUCCGCCGCGACUGGUGACAAAUCACGCGGGCAUCUUGUGGCUGCUUCGCCGUUUCGCUGCCCACAUCUCCAAGGCGUGCGAGCUGUGGCGCAUAGUUUCGCUUAUUGUGAAAAUGAGACUGCUAGAAGAAGGAUAUACCGGGUUGCGACUCAGUGGACGCAGCGUUCAAAAAGCGAUUUUUCGUGGUUUGGAAGAAGCGAGGAGUAACAUACCGGGUAUAGUACGUUAUGGGGGACGGGCUUCGAGGGUGACGGACGAGAUAUAA